GGACGUGUCCGCCGCUGCUGUCGAGUAUAAGCUGUCUGUCGCGGACCGUGCCACUGCCACUCAGUCACACACAUAGAGUCAGGUGUGUGCGUGGGUGUGUGUGUGUCCAGCAGCUGGUCGGACAAAUCCUGCAGCAUUUGGGAUUAAUUUUUUUAUAAUUUGUUUUUUUUUAAAAAUAUAUAUAUAUAUAAAUAUAUAUAUAUAAAACACCGCCAUUAUGUUGUGGACGGCGAGUCAAGUCUUAAGGAAAUUCUCCACCUCGUCCAAUUACUACCAGAAUAAGCUUAAGCUCGCUAUAAUAGGCCAGAGCCUGUUCGGCCAGGAGGUGUACAGCAACCUGAGGAAGCAGGGCCACAAGGUGGUGGGCGUGUUCACGGUCCCCGACAAGGAUGGCAAGGCCGACCCCCUGGCGGCGGCCGCCGAGAAGGACGGGACGCCGGUGUUCAAGUUCCCGCGGUGGCGGCUCAAGGGGAAGCCCAUCCCGGAGGUUGUGGAAGCCUACAAGGCGGUGGGCGCCGAGCUCAACGUCAUGCCCUUCUGCUCCCAGUUCAUCCCCAUGAACGUCAUCGACGACCCCAAGCACGGCUCCAUCAUCUACCACCCCUCCAUCCUGCCCCUGCACAGAGGAGCUUCGGCCAUCAACUGGACCCUGAUCCACGGCGAUAAGAAAGCUGGAUUCACAGUGUUCUGGGCCGACGACGGACUGGACACCGGCCCAAUCCUGCUGCAGAGGGAGUGUGCUGUGGAGCCCAACGACACCGUGGACGCCCUCUACAACCGCUUCCUCUUCCCAGAGGGCAUCAAGGCCAUGGUGGAGUCGGUGCAGCUCAUUGCUGAUGGGAAGGCCCCUCGGGUUCCCCAGACAGAGGAAGGAGCGAGCUACGAGGGCAUUCAGAAGAAGUCCAACUCCAAGGUCAACCUGGCCCAACCGGCCAAGGCCAUCCACGACUGGAUCCGCGGCCAUGACAAAGUCCCCGGCGCCUGGACUGUCGUCGAUGGCCAGUCUGUGACCCUGUACGGCUCGUCCAUGCUGGGGGGGUCUGCACCCGCCGGUCAGCCCCUGGAGAUUGAGGGGGCGUCCCAACCCGCCCUGGUCACCAAGAACGGCCUCGUGCUGUACGGAAGCGAUGGGAAAGCUCUCCUGGUGAAGAACCUGCAGUUCGAAGACGGGAAGAUGAUCCCUGCCUCUAAAUACUUCUCCUCUGGGGAAAGCUCCAGCGUGGAGCUGACCGAUGAUGAAAAGAAGAUGGCGGAGGAGAUCAGGAACAUCUGGAAGGGCAUCCUCAGCAAUGUCCCAGCCAUUGAGGACGCCACAGACUUCUUCAAGUGCGGAGCCGCCUCCAUGGAUGUAGUCAGGCUGGUGGAGGAGGUGAAGCAGAAGUGCGCCGGCGUCCAGCUGCAGAGCGAGGACGUGUACAUGGCCACCACCUUCCAGGACUUCAUCCAGAUGUUCGUCCGUAAGCUGAGAGGGGAGGACCAGGAGGAGGAGCUGCUCAUCGACUAUGCAACGAAAGAAGUAAACAACAUGACGGUGAAGAUGCCGAACCAGUGUUUCAUCAACGGAAGGUUUGAGGACGCAGAAAACGGCAAAGUCUACGACACCAUCAAUCCCACCGACGGAUCAGUGAUCUGCAAGGUGUCCUACGCCUCGGUGGGGGAUGUGGACCGGGCAGUGGCAGCUGCCAAAGAAGCCUUUGAAAGUGGCCCCUGGGGCCGAAUGAACCCCAGAGACAGAGGGAGUCUGCUUUACAAGCUGGCAGACCUGAUGGAGGAACACCAGGAGGAGCUGGCCACCAUCGAGUCCAUGGACUCGGGAGCUGUGUACACGCUGGCCCUCAAGACCCACGUGGGCAUGUCCAUCCAGACCUUCCGAUACUUUGCAGGCUGGUGCGACAAGAUCCAGGGCAAGACGAUCCCCAUCAACCAGGCCAGGCCCAAUCGUAACCUGACCUUCACCAGGAGAGAGCCUCUGGGUGUGUGUGCCAUCAUCAUCCCGUGGAACUAUCCGCUCAUGAUGCUGGCGUGGAAGAGCGCCGCAUGCCUCGCCGCGGGCAACACACUCGUUCUCAAACCCGCGCAGGUCACCCCGUUGACGGCGCUGAAGUUUGCCGAGCUGACGGUGAAAGCCGGCAUUCCGAAAGGAGUCGUAAACAUUUUGCCGGGCUCAGGUGGAAUGGUGGGACAGCGUCUGUCGGACCACCCGGACAUCCGCAAGCUGGGCUUCACUGGCUCCACGCCCAUCGGCAAACAGAUCAUGAAGAGCUGUGCGCUCAGCAACCUGAAGAAGGUUUCUCUGGAGCUGGGGGGGAAGUCGCCCCUCAUCAUCUUCGCUGACUGCGACAUGGACAAGGCUGUUCGCAUGGGCAUGAGCUCCGUGUAUUUCAACAAGGGGGAGAACUGCAUCGCUGCCGGCCGUCUGUUUGUGGAGGAGUCCGUUCAUGAUGACUUCAUCAGCCGAGUGUUGGAAGAGCUGAAGAAGAUGAAGAUUGGAGAUCCAUUGGAUCGCUCCACGGACCACGGCCCGCAGAACCACAAAGCCCACCUGGACAAGCUGCUGGAGUACUGCGAAGUCGGACUGAAGGAGGGAGCGACGCUGGUGUACGGAGGGAAGCAGGUGGACAGGCCAGGUUAUUUCAUGGAGCCCACGGUGUUCACUAAUGUAGAAGACCACAUGUUCCUCGCCAAAGAGGAGUCCUUCGGCCCCGUCAUGGUGGUGUCCAAAUUCAAAGAUGGCGACGUGGACGGCGUGCUGCGGAGGGCCAACGACACCGAGUACGGCCUGGCCUCGGGCGUGUUCACCCGCGACAUCAACAAGGCCAUGUACGUGAGCGAGCGGCUCGACGCCGGAACGGUGUUCGUCAACACCUACAAUAAGACCGACGUGGCGUCACCUUUUGGGGGCUUCAAACAGUCCGGCUUCGGCAAAGACCUCGGAGAGGAUGCUCUCAUGGAAUACCUCAAGACCAAAGCCGUGACUGUGGAGUACUGAGGCACAGACCCUGCCAACGAACUCUGACCCACAUCUGAACAGGAAGGGACUCGUCUGUCGGCUCCAGUCAGACAUCCAGCUUCUGGACCGUGUGUGUGUGUGUGUGUGUGUGUGUGUGUGUGUGUGUGUGCGUGCGUGCGUCUGUGUGCUGUAUGAAUGAGAGCCACAGUUUGGAUCACGUGCCUGUUUUUUUUAUUGGCUUUCCGUGUAAAAAAAAAAAAAAAAAAAAAGAUAUAAUAAUAAUAAUAAGAAUAAUAAUCACAUCAUGGACAACGGACACAUGUGGUUUACACCGGUCUGUGUAUCCUACACAUGGACCCCUGAGUUGGACGCCUGGUUCUGACCAUUGUCCAGGUUUCGGUUCCAUAAGAGUGUUUUACGUUAAAACGCCAUUUUUCAACCUGAAUCCUGUUUUCCCGUUGUCAUCAAUAAUGCUGAUCCGUUUUGUUAACAAUUAGAAAAUCAUCUGAAAUUAGGCCUUUCUCAUUCACUGCCUUCAUCAUUCCUUUCACGUCUUUUUCUUCUUCAACAGCAUUUGUUCUGUUCGUACCAGAAAAUCAUUCAUCAUUGACAUGAUGGAAAAACAGGAUUCGGGUCAAAAAGUGUCAAAGAGUUAAUCCACAUAAAAGCACUUUGUGGAAAUAAUCUUAACUCGAGGUGCAUUUACCAGAUUGUUUUUACUUGAAGGUUUUCAACCGGGAGACGAGUGUUUGAUACCACAUUGCGGUUUUUUGGUUGUGAUUUUGUUGUCUAAAUCUAACUCUAGGUAGUCAUUUUAAGCCCAGCCAUGAUGUUCCAAAACCUAACUAAGUGGUUUUGUUGCCUAAACCUUACUUUUGUUUUUAAACGAAAUGUCGUACCGAAAAGGUCAAAGUUGUUCCGAGUGACAUGACAAUAGGACACAUUUGUGUCCCCAUACACAAAACCAAUAGAUUGCAUUUUGUGACUAUUUAGCAGUGAGACCGUGUUGACAGUUUUCAUCAACGGAUCAUUGGUCAAUGUUCAAUGCAAUCAAAAGCUUGGGAAGAAUCCAGUCAGUCGGCCGAGAGUCAAAGAGCGUCUUAAAGGUACAGUGUGUAGGAUUUAGUGGCAUCUAGUGGUGAGGUUGCAGACUGCGACUGACUGAAAACCUUCCACUCACCCCUUCCUUUCUGAGUGUCAGAACUACGGUGGCCCUCAGCUACAUUCUGGGCUUCUGUAGAAACAUGGAGGCGCAACAUGGCGGACUGUGAAGAGGACCCGCUCCCUAUGUAGCUAUGAAGAGCUCAAUCUAAGCUAACGAAACCACCAUUCUUAGUUUCAGGUGAUGUCACACUAAUGAAAAACAUAGAUAUGAAUAUUGUAUUCCGUUUCUGCUAAUAGAUCCCCUUUAAGGCUACACCUCGACGUCACUGCAUCAAGGUGAGAAGUUCAACCUCUGGACAGCAACAACAAAGUUAGCAAGGGGUUUCAAUAGGCAAUUAUUUUUAAGGUAAAGAAUGAACUUUCACACAUUAAAAACAAACUGAUGGCAAGGACAAAAGGGAUUGUUGACACUUUUAUUCUUUAUUGAUUAAAGUCUUAAUGAGGACAGCCUCCUUGUUAGGUAGAUUUUACCUAUGUAUACAAAUCAUCAUUUAGGGGCUUGAAACUUGGUGGUCUCAGGCCUGUUUCAGAUGCUGUUAGGAAUGGCUUUCCUUUAUUUGAAGUCUGAACUUUGGGUCAGUAAUAUUUUUCAUCAGUGUGCCACAACAUUUUUUUUUUUCUCCCCUAUCAAACUCAAGAUAUUUAAAUCAUGUCUGCUCCCACUUCACUUUAGACAUUCAGUCUCUUCCCUUUGGUAAAUUUGACUUUUUUUUGUAAAUAUUUAUUUUUAAUGGAGGGCAAAUGAUUUGAUAUAUUUUUGUCAGACAGAGGAAGACUUAAAAUUCGUUAAAGGGAUCAUGUACAAGCGAGCAUAUGACAUGGCUGCUUAUUAAAUAAAUCAAUAAUUUAACAAUAUUUUGUAUUUCUUCCACAAAAUAAAAGUGUCCUCGCUGUGUACUUGGGUCAGAACUGCGUCCAUAGUAGCGGCCUGUUAUCCAGAAGCACCAGACCACAGAAAGCCCUACAUCUGACCAAUCAGAAUUGAGUAUUCAACAAAGCUGUGUAAUAAGUAUCACUACUGUGAAGAAGUUGUGAAAUGGGUUUUCUUUCUGUCCCACAUUAUCAGUAGAGGCAGCAAGGGCUAAGAAGCAAGUGCUUUUUGAGUUAGUUUUUCCUCCACCUUUGUGAAAGGUGGGGUCUGUCCCCUCAAUAAACAGCAUGUCUUCAGCCAGUAAUGUCAUACAGCGCUAAAUAAAGUUUGAUUUGAAUUUGACUGUAA